UCCCCUGCUCCGUUCUCCUUUUCCAGAUGCGUUGCUGUUCCCGUAGAGCCUUCGCCGCUUCGCCCCAGGCCGUCGUGAGCGCGCCGGGAGGAUCAUGACCGAAGCCCUCAUCUCUGCUGCUCUGAACGGGACGCAGCCCGAGCUGCUGGCCGGCGGCUGGGCCGCGGGAAACGCCUCCACCAAGUGCUCCCUGACCAAAACGGGCUUCCAGUUCUACUACCUGCCCACCGUCUACAUCCUCGUCUUCAUCACCGGGUUCUUGGGCAACAGCGUGGCCAUCUGGAUGUUCGUCUUCCACAUGCGGCCAUGGAGCGGCAUCUCAGUGUACAUGUUCAACCUGGCGCUGGCUGACUUCCUGUAUGUCCUCACGCUGCCCGCCCUCAUCUUUUACUACUUCAACAAAACCGACUGGAUCUUCGGGGAUGUCAUGUGCAAACUGCAGAGGUUCAUUUUCCACGUGAACCUCUACGGCAGCAUUCUGUUCCUCACGUGCAUAAGUGUGCACAGGUACACGGGCGUCGUGCACCCGCUGAAGUCGCUGGGGAGGCUGAAGAAGAAGAACGCUGUGUACGUCAGCUCACUGGUGUGGGCCCUGGUGGUGGCCGUCAUCGCGCCCAUCCUCUUCUACUCGGGGACGGGGGUGAGGAGGAACAAAACCAUCACAUGCUACGACACCACGGCCGACGAGUACCUGCGGAGCUACUUCGUGUACAGCAUGUGCACCACGGUGUUCAUGUUCUGCAUCCCCUUCAUCGUCAUCCUGGGCUGCUACGGGCUGAUCGUGAAAGCUCUGAUCUACAAGGACCUGGACAACUCUCCUCUGCGGAGGAAGUCCAUCUACCUGGUCAUCAUCGUGUUGACGGUCUUCGCCGUCUCCUACCUCCCCUUCCACGUGAUGAAGACCCUGAACCUGAGGGCCAGGCUGGAUUUCCAGACGCCGCAGAUGUGUGCCUUCAACGACAAGGUGUACGCCACCUACCAGGUGACGCGGGGGCUGGCCAGCCUCAACAGCUGCGUCGACCCCAUCCUCUAUUUCCUGGCCGGGGACACCUUCCGCCGGCGGCUCUCCAGGGCCACCCGCAAGUCAUCCCGGAGGAGCGAGCCCAACGUGCAGUCCAAGAGCGAGGAGAUGACGCUCAAUAUUUUGACAGAGUACAAGCAGAACGGGGACACCAGUUUGUGA